CUUUCCUGGGAGGAGGGCGAGAUGACCCUGCAGUGCAAGUCUAGGGGGGGCUAUCCCAAGGCUGAAAUAACAUGGCACGAUGGGAACAGAAACAGGCUGAACCAGUCGGAGCCGGCAGAACUUCGUCGGGGCAGUGAGGGAGUGUUCGAGGUGCAGAGCCGCCUGGUGGUGACCGGCCCUGAGGACAGCACCUUCUGCUGCUCUCUGAUCCACGCCCCCUUUAAUCAGAACCUGAGUGUCUGUGAGAGAGUUACAGCCUUGGUGAGGGAGAACAAGACUGCGGCGGAGAGCUCUGGCCGCAGCAACGCUUGGAUUUUUGCCAUCGUAGGCGUGGUAGUAACGGUUGUGGUAGGUGUUGGAGUCUAUAUGUACCGGAGAAGAAGACGGAGCUCUCAGAAAGAUACUCCUGCAUGCUACAGUGCAGAAGACAAAGUUCACCUGCAGACAGACUGCAAUGCUCCACGUGACCAGCACGGUGCAGAGACGGAUGUCCUGCUGGAGCGUGAGCAUGGAGCUCCACGUGAACACUACAGUGAAGAGGACGAGGUUUCCCUGCAGAAUGAGGCUGAAGGAGAAGGGAAAUCGCUCCAGGACUUCCUAGUGCGCCUGGGACUGGAGAGACACCAAAGCAGAAAGCUGAUACUGGACGACAUCCUGGAAAUUAACACGGAGACGUUAGAAGAGAGUAACCCUCGGACGUUAGGGGAGAUCCCGUGGCAUUUCCUCAGGAAGGUCAUGGCUGUGAACGGGAUGGCCAGACGCACAAGGCUGGUACCCGCUGCACCAGGUGACGAUGGGAUCAGCAAGGAUGGGGAGGAACCCUUGGCCGUUAUUCCUCCUAGCAGCCCAGCCCCAAGCGUGUGCGUGAACCCCCUGGAUGUGCUCUGUGCCGUUCUGUGCUGCUCAGACACGUUCCUGCGGCAGGAGAUCCUGCUGAAGAUGUCCAUGUGCCAAUUCGCCCUCCCCCUGCUGCUGCCUGCCCUGGGCACCUCCACGUGCACACUCCUGCUGUGGGCCAUGCGGGACAUCGUGAGGAACUGGAGGCCACUCUCCUUGCGAGAGAGCCGGGGGUUCAGGGAGGAGAACCUGGUGCUCACGUCACUGCCAACCUUUUCCUUCGUGCGGCUGGGGAGAUGCAGCUUGUCCAAGUCCAAAAUCCUUAACAAGGUCCUGAGCCCCCCUCAGCAGCAGCACGAUUUCUUCAUCCAUCGGGACAUGGAGUCUGGGAACGUCCCUCGGGAAAUCGCAGAGGGGUUGGUAGAGAUCUCCUGGUAUUUCCCCGGGGGGAGGGAGAGUUCGGAUCCUUUCCAGGAGCCCAUUGCGGUUAUUAACCUGCGAGGAGACAUUGAGUCCCACCAGCUGCAGUUCCGCUUCCUGGCAGAGAUCUCCUCAGCUGUGUUUAUAUUCACUGAACAUAUCAGCGAGAGAAAAUACAAACUCCUAUCAUCACUGCAGAGCUUGAGACCAAAAUUAUACCUCAUACUCAACCCCAGAAGUACUAUAACCAGUAAAACACAGGGAUUCCUCAAUGAACUGGCCCCGCUGCUGAAGCUGACCCAGUCCCACGUGCUUGUGAAGGAUAACACUGCAAACGAUUCAGACUUUGUGACAAGGCUGCAGGACACCUUAGCACACCUGACGAAGCAGCCCCAGAGAACAGUGAGCAUAGAGGACAUGGCUGUGACAGCGCGUGAACAAGGAUUCCAGGUAGACGAGGACUGCGAGGAAUGUGCGGAAGCGAGAAAGAGAGCAGACGAAAUCGCUGGGGAAAUAGAGGACGUUGGCGAGUACAAAGGCAGAGCACUGACACUCCAAGGGGUCCCAUGUAAACGCCUGGCUGAAGUAGAAAGAGAACUCUGUCAAAUGAAGAAGCAAGGGGAAAUCCCCACAGAGGAUUAUAAAUCUCAGCUGAGGCGGGAAUUGCUGGAGUUACGGACCCAGCAGAACGGGCGUGAUCUCACGGGCGGGAUGGGGACAUUUAAGGCAUCACUAGAGCAGCUCACUCCAGUGGAAAAACACUACUUCCUGAAAUGGAUGAAAUUCAGACUGGAUCACAUUGCUAGGAAGAAUCUUUCCAAACUGCGGGCUGAAUAUAAGGAGACAUACAGGACUCCAGGCCACAGCCCCGAGCAGCUAGCAAAGCUAGAUGAAUUAAUUGCAGCCAGUUCCUUAGGGGUGGAGCAUUUCAUGCGGGAGUUGGGGCAGUUUUAUGAGGCAGAACACUCAGUGUGUAAGGGAGGCGAAAUAGCCCAAAGCCAAAGGCAGUUCACCCAUCUCCCAGGCAUAGCCGCUACCCUGAUGCUCAGUGGAUUUGCUCUAGAGAUCAUCGAUGGAGACGCAUCCCACGUCCCGCUGCAGUGGGUGACAGAUGUUCUGACCGAGCUCCAUGCCAAGCUGGGGGGAAAGUCCAGGUUGCUGGUUCUGUCAGUGCUGGGCGUGCAGAGCACCGGCAAAUCCACCCUGCUGAACUCCAUGUUCGGCCUGCAGCUGGCCGUGAGCAGCGGCCGAUGUACGCGAGGAGCCUUCAUGACGCUCAUUAAAGUUGCAGAGAAGUUUCAGCAGGAGCUGGGCUGCGACUUUAUCCUGGUGAUAGACGCAGAAGGCUUGAGAGCCCCUCAGCUGGCCAAACUGGAGGACAGUUAUGAACAUGACAAUGAGCUGGCCACACUGGUGAUUGGGUUAAGCGACAUAACGAUCGUUAACAUGGCCAUGGAGAACACCAGCGAAAUGAAGGACAUUCUGCAAAUCGUGGUCCAUGCUUUUCUCAGGAUGAAGGAAAUAGGGCACAAACCCAACUGCCAGUUUGUGUAUCAGAACAUCAGUGACGUGUCUGCCCACGAACAAAACAUGAGGGACAGGAAUCAUUUCCUGGAACAUCUCAAUGAAAUGACCAAAGCUGCAGCAAGGAUGGAAAAACUGAGCAGGGAUCUGACUUUUUCUGAUAUUAUGGCGUAUGAUCCGGAAAAACACAACUGGUACAUCCCUGGGCUGUGGCAGGGAGUCCCGCCCAUGGCGCCAGUGAACCUGGGGUACAGUGAGAGUGUUUAUGAGUUAAAGAAAUACUUGCUUGACUUUAUGAGAAGCCGGACACCUAACAGAAACCCCAGGGACAUCCCCCUGUUUACCAAGUGGGUGAAGAAUCUGUGGAACGCUGUGAAACACGAGAACUUCAUCUUCAGCUUCAGAAACAGCCUGGUAGCCGAGGCCUAUAACCAGCUGUGUCUGAGGUAUUCAGAGUGGGAGUGGGAGCUCCGCAAGGAGAUGCAUCUCUGGGUAUGUGACCAAGAAACGGCAAUUCAGAACCAGCCAUGUAAUGAACUACCUGAUGCUGGGAACUUAAAACAGGAGGCGCAGGAAAAAGUGCAGAAAGGGGAAGCGAGGAUUGUGAAGUGUUUACAGAGAUACUUUGAAAGUGGAGCUAGAAACCGACACCUGAUAGAAAAGUACAGAGAAGAUUUUAUCAGCAGCACAAAGAACCUCAAGACGGAACUUGAACGUUACUCAGCCAGCAAAUGUGAAAAAGCGAUUCUUAUUAAAAAAAGCAGGUAUAAAAUAGACAAUAUACAGGCCACCUACAAGAGAAUGACAGAAAAGAAAGUCGUCAGCCUUCUGGAAGAUUGCAAGAGGAGAAAACUUAAACUGGAGAAGAAGGAACUGGAAGUAGAAUUUGAAACGAUGUGGAAGGAAGCAGUGUCUGAGUUAAAGCUCAUUAGUUUAAAGAAACGCCAAGUUUCCCAAGAUCUAGAGUUCCAGCUGAGAAAGGACCUAGAGAACCGAGGGAGCACAGUCAGGCAGAAACUUCAGGAAGCAGGAAAUUUGCGCAGUUACAGGAUUAAAUCUUUCAGUUUUGACAAUGAGUAUUUGGAUUUAACGUGUUUCAGGGGCAUGAGAGAAUCGUUCACACAGGAAUACCCGCACAAAGCAGAGGAAUUUGCUCGUUCUUUAAUGGACAAGUGCCAACGUUAUAUCGAAGAGAAGGUGAGUUCCAAAGUGGACUAUGAUGAGACCUAUGGCAGAGAACUGCUGCAGAUGAUCAACAAGAAGCUUCAGCAGGAGAAUGUGCUUCACACUAAAGUUUCUUUUGAAGUUGAGCUGAAACUUCAUAUUUUGGGGGAGGCGGCCCAUGCAUUCCAGGAGAUGCAUGAAAACUUUAUCAAAGAAAAUGAUCUCCAGGAACGGCUGGAGAAACUGAAACCUCAGUAUUUGUCCACAUUUAUACACCUGUACUUGGAAAAGGAUCCCUGCCAGCGGAGAGCCGGGGAUUUCUGUGAGCGCUGUCUCAAACCUGCCCUGGCAGAACAUGUUAACAAAAGGCUGGGAAUCAGGAUAGUAGAUGACCUUUCCAAAAGUGAGAAGGCCAAUGCAUACAGCAGCCGGGCCUCCUUCCAGCUCUCUGUGCUACAGAAGCUGCUGGAAGAGAUGGACUUUAGCAACUACAUGAAAUACAUUAACGACUAUGAAAGUUUUGUCCAAGCAGCGAUACGGAGAGACAUUUCAGAUCACUAUGGAAACAGAGAGAGUGUCGAAGCUCUCGAAGCAGAGAUCCUUUCCGCCAUCAUCGAGAAAGUCAGAGGAGCUCUAGAGAUACCAACCGAUGGGGGAACUAGCACAGUCUCUGACUUCGUAGCAAACGUUUGCAGGCUGCUAGAGAAAGACCUAGUCCUUCCCAAAGACAGUUUGGAAACGACGCUCUUCCAAUUUACACCCAGUGCCAAUACCAGCCAGUUUUCUGCUGACAUUCAGGACUCUCUCUCUGAGCUGGAGCAGAACCUGGCAUCAGAAUUCAAAGCUGUGAACAUAGAGGAGAAACUCUCCAAGUUCCAGGUGAAGCCCCAGGCUGAGCUGUUCAAGAGAGUGUUUGGCUGUGGGAAGCAGUGUCCAUUCUGCGGAGUCCCCUGUGAAGCAGAAGGCUCAGUUCAUACAGAGCACUCUGCACCAGUACAUCGGCCCCGGGGACUGAGGCGACGCAGGGAUCACCUCACAGAAACACUUGACUAUUCGUUAUGCUCCUCUGAUGUGGUCUCUAAUGCUUCAUUCAGCAAUUCCGAUACAAAAGGGGAACUGGUUCCCUUCAGAGAUUAUCGCCAGCAUUACCCAGAUUGGCGCAUUCAGCCAGACCCCAGCCCAGAGGCUUCUGAUUACUGGAAGUUUGUUUUUAAAGAGUUCAAUCACCAGUUUGCCAGACAGUAUGAUACUAAACCAGCCCAUCUCCCUGAAGACUGGGUCAAAAUAACCAAGGAGCAGGCCCUGCAGAGCAUAAAGGCAGUCUACAACAUAUAAUAAUGCAGUACAGACGCUUCUUCCAGAGCCAUCCGCCACUCAGUAUUAUCCGUGGAAAUGUGGUGGAGAACAUUCAGCCAGUCGCAUCAGCCUGCCUAACCUAGCCCACAGCUCCUUACCUUAAACACCUGGGGAAUCCUCCCCGCGGUAUGGAAAGGCGAGCCUGGGCCAUUAACCCUUUGGGUGGGUAUUUUGCAAUCCAAAGGAACCUCGGAACGGUCUGCAGACAAAGAGGGGAGGGUUAACCCACACUGGCUAGGUACACGCUACAGCUUAGGUAGGUAUAAGUUAUGUCACUAAGGGGUAUGAAUAAACCACCCCCUAAGCGACAUAAGUUACACCGACCUAAACGCCAGUGUGGACAGUGCUCUGUCCGUGGGAGAGCUCCUCCCUCCCCCUGAUAUAGCUACCACCGCUCACAGGGGCGGCUCUCUCCCGUCGGGUUAGAGCAUCUGAACUAGCAGUGAUACCACAGUGCAGCUGCAUUAGUGCUGCUGUAAGCUCUGUAGUGUAGCCAUAACCACAGUCCCGCUCUCUGGGUGCAGUUCCUGCGUGGCCUCUUCUUUCUCUAGGGAGUUUCUCCCUGCGUGUUCCACACCAAUGACCCCUCAUGGCGAGCCUAAGCGUCCUUCAGCAAAACAAUUCUUUAGACUGAACAGCUGUGUUUUUAACUCAUGUUAAAUGACCUCAUGUUCAAAACCUACUGAAGACAAGGCAGAUGUAGUCUUAACCUGUUCUAGCUAAGUUCCUCCCUAAGGUUAUUAUACACCACAAACAAGAGGCGUGAGUCCCCCGUUCAUGUACACAUAUUUGCACUAGCUCUCAUCACACUAGUGUAUAAAUGGCCAUGUAGCUGCAGUAGUGUGGGUAGCGGCAGUGAAGGCACAGUUUAGCCAUGCCAAGUAUGUACCCACCAGUUUCAGGAGGGUUUGUAUUCAGCAGGGGAAUGGUGCCCCUAGUUCAUAGUGUAGACAUAGUCUAGGAUUGACCCCUUCCAGCUCACAUGUUAAAAUAUGAAUUGCCCUGUGUGAACAUAAGAACAGCCAUACUGGGUGAGACCAAAGGUCCAUCUAGCCCAGUGUAGUACUAGGAUUUAUUUUUUGUAUUUUGUAUAAUUUAGAAUGAAGGCUAAAGAAUAAUAAGAUAAUAAUGUCAAGUAUCAGAGGGGGAGCUGUGUUAGUCUGAAUCUGUAAAAAGCAACAGAGGGUCCUGUGGCACCUUUAAGACUAACAGAAGUACUGGGAGCAUAAGCUUUCGUGGGUAAGAACCUCAUUUCUUCAGAUGCAAGAUAAGAAUGUAGCAUGUAUGAAAUGUAUUGAUGUAUGAUUUGAUCAUAUCCUGCCAGAACAGCAGAAAGGAAUAUCCUAACAGCCACUGGUAGAGACACAUCUCCAGAAUUUCUGUGUGUCUGGACUGAUUUCAAGGCAGUAACGGACCUUUGAGGUGACCACUUUGUUGUAAGUUUAGCAUUUUAAAUAAA